CCCAUCGCCCAGCCCGUGCUGCCCCGCGGGGUGUUUGUGCUCGGGCACUGACCUCGCUGCCUGGGUGCCGCCCCCACAAUGUGCCCCACGAUGCCCCCAGCAAACCCCACAUGCCCACAGCCAUGCGAUGCCGUUCUCACCUCCGUCCCUCUCUUUUCUCCAAAUCUCCCUGGGACAGGGACGAGCACCAUGCUCUGUGCCCUUUGCUUCCCUUUAUUGUCCCAACUGGGCUGGAUUUCCCCAUGGCCACCAGAGGAGGGGACGCGCGCUCUCCAUCACCACCUGGAGCAAACCCCGUGGUUUUAUCUCUGUCCCACCACCAUCCCUUUGCUCCCGCAGCAACCUCGGGGAUCGCCAUCACCGUGUCCUCGGGCUGAGCCGUCGUGGGGGGAAAAUCCUCCGGGGAUGAAGCUGGGGGCCGCCUGCCUCAUGUGCCUGCUGCUCGCCUGCCUGGCCCUGCCCACCGCCGCCACCCGCAUCCGCUCCAUGGAAAUCAGGAACCCGGACAUCGACCCCUCAUGGUACACCGGCCGCGGGAUCAGGCCGGUGGGGAGAUUUGGGCGACGGCGAGCCUUGGGAGAAGGCACCCAGCUGGGGGGGGGCGGCUUGCGGCCAGCCUGCGCCCCUCUGCGCCCCCAGCCCCCCCGGGGUGAGCGCAGCGCCUGAGCUGAAGAUGGGGGACCCCAAUAAAAGCCCUUCUCCUCUC